UUAUUGGAGACCACCCUCUGUUGCAGCCUUCAUCCGCCUUCACUGCCAUUGUGACCUGGAGACAUCUUCCACCAGUUCCGCCUUUGAGGUCUUUGUUGGGUCGCGGUUCAUCUGGAACCUUCCCCUUGACCUACCCGCCUUGGGUGACCCUACCAGAAGCCAAGCUCCAGACAGCAUCACUUUUGGGCUCAUUGGUACACGCAAGCUUCUCCACCACCACAACAUGGCGUUCCAGUCGCCACAGAACAACUGCAUCAGUCGGUGUCAGAAAAAAGCCAUCAUGAGUGGGGAUCCAGAGAUGGAAUGUUUUGGUCCGGCAGCCAUUUACCUCCGCAAAUCUGAAAAGGAGCGAAUGGAGGCACAAAACACCCCCUUUGAUGCCAAAACGGCAUACUACGUGUCCGAACCCAGUGAAAUGUAUCUGAAGGGGGUGCUACAGAGCAGGGAGGGCAGCAAAGCCACAGUAAAAACGCUCUCUGGGAAGAUUAUCACCGUAAAAGACGAUGACAUCUUCCCCAUGAACCCCCCAAAGUAUGAUAAGAUUGAAGACAUGGCCAUGAUGACCCACCUCAGCGAGCCCGCUGUGCUGUAUAACCUCAAAGAGCGCUACGCAGCAUGGAUGAUCUACACCUACUCUGGGUUGUUCUGCGUCACUGUGAACCCCUACAAGUGGCUCCCAGUGUAUGAUGCUGUGGUUGUGGCAGGAUACAGAGGCAAAAAGAGGAUUGAGGCCCCUCCCCACAUCUUCUCCAUCUCUGACAAUGCCUAUCAGUUCAUGCUCACUGAUCGGGAGAACCAGUCUAUCCUGAUUACUGGAGAAUCCGGUGCAGGAAAGACUGUGAACACCAAGCGUGUCAUCCAGUACUUUGCGACGAUCGCAGUAGCUGGAGGAAAGAAAGCUGAACAAGUUUCUGGAAAAAUGCAGGGGUCGCUGGAGGAUCAAAUCAUCGCAGCUAAUCCCCUCCUCGAGGCUUAUGGGAAUGCCAAGACUGUGAGGAAUGACAACUCCUCCCGCUUUGGUAAAUUCAUCAGAAUCCACUUUGGAUCGACUGGAAAGUUGGCUUCAGCUGAUAUCGAAACAUAUCUGCUGGAGAAGUCCAGAGUGACCUUCCAGCUCUCCGCUGAGAGAAGCUACCACAUCUUCUAUCAGCUGAUGACAGGCCACAAGGCCGAGCUUCUAGAGGCUCUCCUGAUUUCAACCAACCCUUAUGACUAUCCCAUGAUCAGUCAGGGGGAAAUUACAGUCAAGAGCAUCAAUGAUGUUGAGGAGUUCAUUGCCACUGAUGCCGCCAUUGACAUCCUGGGCUUCACUGCGGAGGAGAAGAUGAGCAUGUUCAAGCUGACUGGAGCUGUGAUCCACCACGGAAACAUGAAGUUCAAGCAGAAGCAGCGUGAGGAGCAGGCUGAGCCUGACGGCACUGAGGAGGCUGAUAAAAUCGCAUACCUCAUGGGCCUGAACUCUGCUGAUAUGCUUAAGGCUUUAUGUUAUCCAAGAGUCAAGGUUGGGAAUGAAAUGGUGACCAAAGGUCAAACUGUGCCUCAGGUUCAUAAUGCAACCAUGGCUCUUAGCAAGUCUGUGUAUGAGAAAAUGUUCUUGUGGAUGGUCAUCAGAAUCAAUGAGAUGCUGGACACAAAGCAGCCUAGAAGCUUCUUCAUCGGCGUGCUGGACAUUGCUGGGUUUGAAAUCUUUGACUACAACAGCUUGGAGCAGUUGUGCAUCAACUUCACAAAUGAGAAACUGCAACAGUUUUUCAACCACCACAUGUUUGUCCUGGAGCAAGAGGAGUACAAGAAGGAGGGGAUUGAAUGGGAGUUCAUAGACUUUGGCAUGGACUUGGCUGCUUGCAUUGAACUGAUUGAGAAGCCCAUGGGAAUUUUCUCCAUCCUUGAAGAGGAGUGUAUGUUCCCCAAAGCAUCAGAUACUACCUUCAAGAACAAGCUUAAUGACCAGCAUCUUGGUAAAACCAAGGCGUUUGAGAAACCUAAACCUGGGAAGGGCAAAGCUGAGGCUCACUUUGCUCUGGUGCACUAUGCUGGCACCGUGGACUACAAUGUCACAGGCUGGCUGGAUAAGAACAAGGACCCCCUGAAUGAUUCUGUGGUCCAGCUCUAUCAGAAGUCUUCAGUGAAGUUGUUGGCAAUGCUGUAUGCAUCUCAUAGCUCCACAGGAGAAGAUGCUGCAAAAGGUGCAAAGAAGGGUGGCAAGAGGAAGGGUGGCUCCUUCCAGACAGUUUCUGCUCUCUUCAGGGAAAACCUGGGGAAGCUGAUGACCAAUUUAAGAAGCACUCAUCCACAUUUUGUGCGCUGUUUGAUUCCCAAUGAAUCAAAAACUCCUGGUCUCAUGGAGAACCAUCUGGUCAUCCACCAGCUGAGGUGUAAUGGCGUACUGGAAGGUAUCAGAAUCUGCAGGAAGGGCUUCCCCAGCAGAAUCCUCUAUGGUGACUUCAAGCAGAGAUACAAAGUGUUGAAUGCGAGUGUCAUCCCCGAGGGGCAGUUCAUCGACAACAAGAAGGCCUCAGAGAAGCUGCUAGGAUCAAUAGAUGUGGACAAGUCCCAGUAUAGGUUUGGCCAUACCAAGGUAUUCUUCAAAGCGGGCCUGUUGGGGGUGCUGGAGGAAAUGAGGGAUGAGAAACUGGUGGAGUUGGUAACCAUGACUCAAGCUCUCUGUAGAGGUUCUCUAAUGAGAAGGGAAUUCGUCAAGAUGAUGGAGAGGAGGGAGUCCAUUUAUUCCAUUCAGUACAAUAUCCGCUCAUUCAUGAAUGUCAAGACCUGGCCAUGGAUGAAGCUCUACUUCAAGAUUAAGCCUCUGCUGAAGAGUGCAGAGACCGAGAAGGAGAUGGCCCAGAUGAAGGAAGACUUUGAAAAAACAAAGGAGGAGCUGGCAAAGGCUUUGGCCAAGAAGAAAGAACUGGAGGAGAAGAUGGUGACACUCCUACAGGAAAAGAACGACUUGCAGAUACAAGUUCAAUCUGAAGGUGAGAACUUGUCUGAUGCAGAGGAACGGUGUGAGGGGCUUAUUAAAAGUAAGAUCCAGCUCGAGGGGAAACUCAAAGAGACAGCAGAGAGACUGGAGGAUGAGGAAGAAGUCAAUGCUGAGCUGACUGCCAAAAAGAGAAAGCUGGAGGAUGAAUGCUCUGAGCUGAAGAAAGACAUUGAUGACUUGGAGCUGACCCUAGCCAAAGUUGAAAAAGAAAAACAUGCCACUGAGAACAAGGUCAAAAACCUUGUCGAGGAAAUGGCAUCUCAAGAUGAGACUAUUGUCAAGCUGACUAAAGAGAAGAAAGCCCUCCAAGAGGCUCACCAGCAGACCCUCGAUGAUCUCCAGGCAGAGGAAGACAAAGUUAACACUCUGACCAAGGCCAAAACUAAGCUGGAGCAGCAAGUGGAUGAUAUUGAGGGAUCCUUGGAGCAAGAGAGAAAGCUCCGUAUGGACCUCGAGCGAGCCAAAAGGAAGCUUGAAGGAGAUCUUAAACUGGCCCACGAAUCCAUAAUGGAUCUGGAGAAUGACAAGCAGCAGACUGAGGAAAAACUCAAGAAGAAGGAUUUUGAGACCAGCCAGCUCCUUAACAGCAUAGAAGAUGAACAGGCACUGGGAAUUCAGCUUCAGAAGAAAAUCAAGGAACUGCAGGCUCGCAUUGAGGAGUUAGAGGAAGAGAUCGAAGCUGAACGUGCUGCUCGGGCCAAAGUGGAGAAGCAGAGGUCUGAUCUCUCCAGGGAACUUGAGGAGAUCAGCGAGAGGCUUGAGGAGGCCGGUGGGGCAACCUCUGUUCAGAUCGAGAUGAACAAGAAGCGUGAGGCUGAGUUCCAGAAGAUGCGGCGCGAUCUCGAAGAGUCCACCCUGCAGCACGAGGCCACGGCUGCGGCUCUCCGCAAGAAGCAUGCCGACACCUUGGCAGAACUGGGGGAACAGAUUGACAACCUUCAGCGUGUCAAACAGAAGUUGGAGAAGGAGAAGAGCGAAUUCAAGAUGGAGAUUGACGACCUCGCCAGCAACAUGGAAGCUGUGGCCAAAUCAAAGGGCAACUUGGAGAAAAUGUGCCGCUCUCUUGAGGAUCAACUAAGCGAAUUUAAGGCCAAGAAUGACGAGCAUUUGCGUCAGCUUAAUGACAUGAACGUUCAGAGAGCAAGGCUGAUGACUGAAAACGGAGAAUUUGGUCGUCAACUCGAGGAAAAGGAAUCUCUGGUUUCCCAGUUGACAAGGGGAAAACAGGCAUACCUUCAGCAGAUUGAGGAGCUCAAGAGGCAACUUGAGGAGGAAGUGAAGGCCAAGAAUGCCCUGGCCCAUUCUCUCCAGUCAUCUCGUCAUGACUGUGACCUUCUCAGAGAGCAAUACGAGGAGGAGCAGGAGGCCAAGAAUGAACUGCAACGUGCGAUGUCCAAGGCCAACAGUGAAGUGGCUCAGUGGAGGACCAAAUAUGAGACUGAUGCCAUUCAGCGCACUGAGGAGCUGGAGGAGGCAAAGAAAAAGCUUGCCCAGCGUCUCCAGGAUGCUGAGGAAUCCAUCGAGGCAGUGAAUGCAAAAUGUGCCUCUCUGGAAAAGACUAAACAGAGACUGCAGAAUGAGGUGGAGGAUCUGAUGAUUGACGCGGAGAGAGCUAAUGCUCUUGCUGCUAACCUCGACAAGAAGCAGAGGAACUUUGACAAGGUGUUGGCAGAGUGGAAGCAGAAGUAUGAGGAGAGCCAGGCAGAGCUGGAGGGAGCUCAGAAAGAGGCUCGCGCUCUCAGCACUGAGAUCUUCAAGAUGAAGAACUCCUAUGAAGAAGCUCUGGACCAUCUGGAGACCCUGAAAAGGGAGAACAAGAACCUGCAACAGGAAAUUGCUGAUCUGACUGAACAUAUUGGGGAAUCAGGAAAAACAAUCCAUGAACUAGAAAAAGGAAAGAAGGCAGUGGAGAAUGAAAGGGCGGAAAUCCAAACAGCCCUAGAAGAAGCAGAGGCCACCCUGGAACAUGAAGAAUCCAAGAUUAUCCGUGUUCAGCUGGAGCUCACACAAGUCAAAGGUGAAGUCGACAGGAAAAUUGCGGAGAAGGACGAGGAGAUAGAGCAGAUCAAGAGGAACAGCCAGAGAGUGAUUGAGUCCAUGCAGACUACUUUGGAUGCCGAGAUCAGGAGCAGAAAUGAUGCUGUAAGAAUCAAGAAGAAGAUGGAGGGAGACCUCAAUGAGAUGGAGAUUCAGCUGAGCCAUGCCAACCGCCAGGCUGCUGAGGCCCAGAAACAGCUGAGAAAUGUCCAGGGACAGCUUAAGGAUGCCCAACUGCAUCUUGAUGAUGCCCUUAGAGGACAGGCUGACAUGAGAGAGCAAGUUGCCAUGGUGGAGCGCAGGAACAACUUGAUGCUGGCUGAGAUUGAGGAGUUGAGAGCUGCCCUUGAGCAAACAGAGAGGGCUCGCAAAAUAGCUGAACAAGAGCUGGUCGAUGCCAGUGAGCGUGUGGGGCUGCUACACUCUCAGAAUACAAACCUCAUUAACACCAAGAAGAAGCUGGAGGCCGACCUUGUCCAGAUCCAAGGGGAAAUGGAAGAUACUGUACAGGAAGCAAGAAACGCUGAGGAGAAGGCCAAGAAGGCCAUCACUGAUGCUGCCAUGAUGGCCGAGGAGUUGAAGAAGGAGCAGGACACCAGCUCUCACCUGGAGAGGAUGAAGAAGAACCUGGAGCUCACGGUCAAGGACCUGCAGCACCGCCUGGACGAGGCAGAGAACUUGGCCUUGAAGGGCGGCAAGAAACAGCUCCAGAAACUGGAAGCUAGGGUUCGUGAGCUGGAGUCUGAAAUUGAAGCUGAGCAAAGGCGGGGUGCCGAAGCUGUGAAAGGCGUCCGCAAAUAUGAACGCAGAGUGAAGGAGCUCACGUACCAGACUGAGGAGGACAAGAAGAACAUCACGAGACUCCAGGAUCUGGUGGACAAGCUGCAGCUGAAAAUGAAGGCGUACAAGAGGCAGGCUGAAGAGGCUGAAGAGCAGGCCAACGGUCACCUGUCCAGGUACAGGAAGGUUCAGCAUGAGCUGGAGGAAGCGGAGGAACGCGCCGAUAUUGCCGAGUCCCAGGUCAACAAGCUGAGGUCAAAGAGCCGGGAACUUGUCAGGGGGAAAGACGCUGAGGAGUGAGCGCCGCAGGCUGUGGCUGAGACACGGAAAUCAUACAAUAUGAUUUGUUUUGGUCAAAGGUAUCCUCUAGUGUGCAAAAUGUAAUAAAUCUUCAAG